AUGUCUGCUGCAGUGUUAGACCUCAUCAACUUAUAUGACGGCGAGGGUGCUGUGAUCUUUAUAGAACAUCAGAAUCGUGGCAAACCAUCUUUUGACAUGAAGAGCAGCGCUGUUGUGAAGGCUUUGGCUGGAGGCAAGAUGACAGGACAUUCGUCUGUUUUGGUAGCAGUCAACAAUCUCUACCACAAUCCGCUGAUGCUGGCAAGUCGAUGGCCCAAGAUCUCAGUGGAUUGUGUAUAUGCGGAAUCGGUUGAGCUGGCCAACUUCCUGGUGGCUGAAGCUAGGAAGCAAGAGGGUGCUGUGUAUGCAUCUGCUGAAGGGCUGACGAUCAAAGAUAUAUUACGGCACAAUUCGUCAAACAAUGUUCACGAUUCAAAUGUACAACCACAUGCGUGUUUCUUCAUUGCAGAACACACCGGCCAGGAACAGGCCAUUUGGCAUGCUGCGCGGGAACAGUGCACCCCAAAAGGGCCAGAAUGA